GGCACGUAGUAUGAGUAUGACCAAAUCUUCUCUAUAUAUACACAUAUUCAAAAACUUCUCUUCUUUCAUAUACACCUCUCAUAUAUCAACAUAAAUUUGUCCUCAAACCCUAAUAUUCACUAUACCCAAAAAAGAACUUGACUAUAUAUAAGAGAAAAAAGAAAAAAGAAAGAGAAGGAUUAUUCAUAUAUGUGUAAUUAUUAUUAUUUUUAGAUUGAGAAAAAAAAAUGAGUUUUGAGAAGAUUGAAGAAGUGUAUGAUCAUCAUCAUCAUCAUGAUCAUGAUCAAGAUUUGUUCAACAUAAUGAAAAAUAAUAAUAGUCUUUCAAGAAACUCUUCGGUAGGAUGUUCAUCGCGAAUUUACUAUUACCGGAGCACAGGCACCGGGGGGAUUCCAUUUGAAUGGGAAAUGCAGCCGGGAACACCCAAAGAUCCGCCCAAAGAAGAGGCGCUACCACCUCUAAGUCCACCACCCGCGGUGCUCAGCUUAGGGCUUCCAAAGCCUUGCAUAAUUCAUAAUAUUCAAGAUCAACCUUCUAACCCUAAUAGGAGGAGAAGGCUUGUAGUACUUAGGUUUUGGAAGAAAAACAACAACAAAAAAAAUCAUAAUAAUAAUAAUAUUAUUGAUUUUAAAGAUGAGAGGUUUGGUGGUGAGUUUUCUAACUCCGAUAGCGAGUUCAUGGCUUCUCCAGCUAGGGAUUCGAGCUCUUCCUCGUCGUCUUCUUCGUUGUCUAGACAAUCUUCGAGAUUGCAAAGCCCGGGUUGGUAUCCUCCUAUGAUGAAUAGUAGUAGUUCUAGGGCAAACUUGAGUUGUAGUCCAUGGAGUAUUAGGUCUUUUCUGGUUACACUUGCCAAGCGAGUUUGAAUGAAUUAAUAAUAUUAAUUGUAAUUGUAUUAUUUUAUAUUGAUCUAAUGUAUUAUAUCUAUACAUAUGUUUUCUGUGAAU